GAAAUGAUGGAGGAUAAAGCGCCCCGUGUCGCCGACUACUUUGUGGUCGCAGGCCUCACAGACUCGUCCAAGCUUUUGGAGGAGGACCUGCACUUUGAUGAUACCGCUCCAAAAUCCAUCAAACCCAAAGCGCCUAUAACCGACGUCGCCGUAGUGAUCCGCUCCCUAGGCGAAGAGGUACCCCCCGGCUUCACCUGUGUGGAAAGCACUCCCUCGGGCCUGUCGGCGGAGCUCAAUGGAGCAAGCCUCAGGGGGCCGCAGAUUUUCCUGUGCUUCAAACGAGGUCGAGAUAAGCCUCCACUGACAGAUCUUGGGGUUUUGUAUGAGUGGAAAGAAAAGCUGAAGCCAGGAUGUCACAUCGUCCAGACCACACCCUCAGGUCGCCCCGCCAACAUAAGCAGUUCGUCAUCUCAGCGUAUCUACAUCACGUACCGCCGCGCUCCAAAGAGCCAACCCCACACUUCGUUGGCUGUCACCGAUGUCUGCAUCAUCGUGCCUGGCAAGGGGGAGGUGCCUCCCCACACAUUUUGCAAGGUGGACAGGAACCUCAAUAGCAGCAUGUGGGGAUCAUCUGUUUACCUGUGUUAUAAGAAAUCUCUGGCAAAAUCAAACACUAUUGCAUGCAAAGCAGGUCUGCUGUGCAGGUACCCUGAAGAGGACUAUGAGUCCUUUCCACUGCCUGAAUCCGUGCCUAUGUUCUGUCUACCCAUGGGGGCAACGAUUGAGUGCUGGCCUGCGCACACCAAACACGCCCUUCCCGUUUUUUCCACAUUUGUCCUCACGGGAGCUUCAGGAGAAAAGGUGUAUGGAGCAGCGAUUCAAUUCUACGAGCCUUACUCAGAGGAGAACCUGUCUGAGCGUCAGCUGUCACAACUCGGCUUGCUUAGCUCUGAUCUUGGACCAGGCGGAACCAGAAGUGUUUACAGCAACAAAAGCAUCUGUCUCCUCUCCCACUGGCCAUUCUUUCAGUCAUUCAGGAGUUUCCUCACCUUUCUCUACCGUUACUCCAUUUCUGGACCGCACGCACUGCCGAUUGAAAAGCAUAUCUCUCACUUCAUGCAAAAUGUGCCAUUCCCUUCCACCCAGAGGCCACGCAUACUUGUACAGCUUUCUCCGCAUGACAGCCUGAUACUGAGCCAGCCUGUGUCCUCUCCACUGCCUCUCAGUGGUGGAAGUCUCUCCACAUUACUCUUGAAUCUGGGCCCAAAAAAUGCAGCCACACUGCUGGUGUUGGCCGUCACAGAGCACAAAAUUCUGGUUCAUUCCCUGCGGCCUGCUGUACUCACCAGUGUUACAGAGGCACUUGUGUCCAUGAUAUUCCCCUUUCACUGGCCAUGUCCGUACAUCCCUCUGUGCCCACUGGCUCUUGCGGGUGUACUCAGUGCCCCAUGUCCUUUCAUUGUGGGUGUGGAUUCUCGAUACUUUGACUUGUACGUGCCACCGGCUGACAUCAGCUGUGUGGACUUGGAUACCAACACCAUUUCCCAGAAAGAAGACAAGAAGGCUUUAACAUGGAAAAUAUUGCCCGGGAGAGCCUGCAAACAUCUUUUGAAUUCCCUCAAUAAACUCUAUCAGCAGCUCAAGGAGGGUGGUCACUUAAGCCACGAAGAUGUGCAGAUGGACCACGCAGUGGUUGACAGUGAGCUCAACGGUGGGAAGAGUCUCCAAACUCUGGAGCUGGAGAUUCAAGAAGCCUUUCUGCGCUUCAUGGCGGCCAUCCUCCGAGGUUAUCGCUCAUACUUGCAGCCCAUAACCCAGGCCCCCUCUGAAAAGACCACCGAUGUCAGCUCCCUUUUUGACAUUCAAGGCUUCUUGAAAAGCAGAGACCGCUCACAUCAGAGAUUUUACUCACUCAUGACCAAAACCCAAAUGUUCAGCCGCUUCAUUGAGGAAUGCUCCUUUGUCAGUGACAAAGAUGCAAGUCUGGCUUUCUUUGACGAGUGUGCUGAUAAGCUCUCCACAGUUGCCAAGAUUGAUAGUGAAAAGCCAGACGACGCCAGACUAAUCGAACUGGACGAAUCGCAUCGGAGUGAGCACACGGUUUACGUCAACCCUCCAGAGCUGCCUCUGCUGCCAGGAGGGGAAGAACAUCCUCUUUGCUACAGCUAUUCUGGGUUUCCAGUGCUAAACUCUGAACUUCUGAAACCACUUGAGGGACCAAAUCCUCCAUCAGGAGGCACAGCUUCACGUCACUGCAGCCCAGCCAGCCCGACAGCUAUCUUUCGACGUUCCAAACAGGAGAUUAAAUUCGCUCAGAGGAUGGCGCGAACUUAUUCGUCUAUGCCUCAGAUGUGGUCCAAGUGUCUGCUGCGUCACUGUUUUGGCCUCUGGUUCAUCUGCCUGCCUGGUUUUGUCGAUUCGUGUCCCUCUAAAGUGCGAGCACUACGCACAGCUUAUGAUGUGCUGAGGAGGAUGCAAGACAAGAAGCUGCAGGCUCCCGAUGAGGUGUGUUAUCGUGUAUUGCUGCAACUGUGUGGUCAGUACAGCCAGCCAGUCCUGGCAGUGAAGGUGUUGUUUGAGAUGAAGAAGGCUGGAAUUCAACCCAAUGCCAUCACCUAUGGUUACUACAACAAGGCUGUUUUGGAGAGCACAUGGCCGUCCACCACCAGAGGAGGCUUCUUUUUGUGGGGGAAGCUGAGAAAUGUGGUACUUGGUGUUGGACAAUUCAAGAAGGCAGGGAAAAAACAAACUCCGCAUCCUAACAGAGAAACACAAUUGUCAGACGGUAGCGAUCUUGACACAGUCAGCCACGGCAGUUUGGACAGCGCUAAUGACUCUGCCGAGCGCACCUCCAUCGAUACAGACUUCAAUAAGAUGGACUCCAGCGAUGAUGGAUUUAGCACAGGAGGCCAAUCAGACCAAGGCUACGAUUCCUUAUCCAAGGAAGAAAUGUGCUGCAGAGACAGUGAAAACUUUUCACUGUUGGAGGACAAAGGGACAAAGCUUCAGAGUCAUUCUGACAGCCUGGUUUCCAGUCCAUCGUUCAGUGACACCAUGCUAUGUGGACCUCAGGCCCAAAAUGAGCGACCAAAGUCUCUGGACCUGUCAGUCGGAUCGGGAGCACCAACGAUCACCGUCCCUCAGGUCAGCUCUGACAAUCAGCAUAGACUUAUUGCUGACAAUAUGAGUGGGCAGGAGGACAACGAGAGAGAGCCUGACAGAGAAAUGAGCUGCAGUGGUGGGACAGUGGGUCGAACUAAUAUUGAGGCAGGCUUUGACCCACUGUCACUAAUGGCCAUGGCAGAAGACCACAGUCAAGGAAGUGGAAGCACUCCAACUGCUCGUCGUGAGCUAGCCGAGGAGAUUGAAAUGUACAUGAACAAUACAAACAGCCCUAUAAGGAGCUGCAAACCAAAUGUGGAGACGCAGAAUUUACCGAGUCCCUCUUCACAGCCCACCCGACCUCACCGGCUGCUCCGGUCCAACACCCACCUCCCGUUACCGGUCAAAUCUAGAGAGCGGCUUAGAACAUCGCCCUCUCUCCCUCACGGCAUGUGUAACAAAGGCAGGGAGAGGCCAUCCUCCUUGGUGUUGCCCUCAUCCCCGAGUCCCUCCGCCUCCUCCUUCUCCAUGGAUUCCCUUUUUACACCUAGCCUAGACAGCUUCAGGAGCAGCGUCCUCUUAGCGGGGAAGGGUGUUGCUGAAAAAGCUAGUCGCCUCUACUCCCGCCUGUCCUCUCAAACCUCAUUAACGCAGGACUCAAACUGCGAUCGUGUCAGUAUUUCGUCGCUCACCUCGGGAGAAGCCGACUGCUCCUCACUUCUCGAUAAUGACUCCUGUCUAGACGUGGAUGGAUUCAUGUCGCCGCAGCACGCCGGCACGGCGCGACUCAGGAGGAGUCCUGUAGCGGGCCACGCCCACCUGAGUGGCCCCAGUUCCCCCGACAGGGUCUUUCGACACAACUCGUUCUCGGGAGGCUUGACAGUUCCUUCUCGAAGUCAUCACACUCCAGAUUCCUCCCCUGACAUAAACCGCUUCAAGCCUUCUCCAAGUUACACCAUAGAGGUGAUGAUGUCCAGCUGCUCCCUUUGCAAGACGUGUGACUCUCUUGUAUACGAUGAGGAGAUCAUGGCUGGCUGGACAGCCAACGACUCCAACCUCAAUAGCACAUGUCCAUUCUGCGGCUCAGCCUUCCUGCCUUUCCUCAACGUGGAGGUCAAAGAUCUGAGACCUCCCUGCAGAUCUCCCCAGGACUCAACUCCCGUUACCGAAGGUGGCUUAUCUACGUCACUCAAGCCCGAAGCCAAAAUGUCUGAGCCAUACUCGAUUACCCCACGGAAUGCUGGGAUUUCUGCACCAGUGACAGUGCCGUACUUGAGCCCUCUGGUUCUUUGGAAGGAACUAGAAAGCCUGCUGGUGAAUGAAGGCGACCAGGCCAUUUACUUGCCAGGAGUUGUGGACCAGCACCCCAUUGUCUUCUGGAACCUUGUGUGGUUCUUUAGGAGGCUCGAGCUUCCUAGUCAUCUUACCGCUCUCAUCCUGGCCUCCCAACACUGUCGCCGUGGCGAUCAGACUAUUUCUGGAGUUUCCUCUGAGGACAGUAAGCAGGUGCUGGUGAGGAUAAUGUGGGACAAUCUGAAGUUGCACCAAGACAAAGUCAACCCUUGUUAUGUCCUCUGGAACACACAUUGCGCAAACUCUCUGGUUCGCUCCGGACUGUGUGAGGAAGGCCAGCUUUUUACUGUGGAACUCCUUCAAAGUUUGGUGAGGAGCAUCAAAAAGAGUGAUAUAUAUCAGCCCAUGAGCCAAAUCAUUCAGCUUCUGGGGCCUGAGCUGGGUUUUAAAAGACAGAGGAGCUUGUACAGAGAUUUAUUAUUCCUCACUUUGGUGUCUUUGGGCAAGAAUAACAUCAACAUCAAUGCAUUUGACCGGGAGUACAAACUGGCCUAUGACCGCCUCACCCCCAGUCAGGUCAAACUGACACACAACUGUGACCGCCCCCCUGGAGCAGGGGUCAUGGAGUGCAGGAAAACUUUUGGGGAGCCCAGUCUGUGA